GAUUGGUAAAGAUGAAAGUUUGCCUGUGGCUAAUAUCGACACUCAUCUUGGGUUCAUUGAUCGAAGCUAGGGAGAUUCUCAAGGAAACUCCUCUGAAACAAACCGAGUGGAAUAAAUUUGCUUCAGCAUGUUCGGUAAAUAUUAAUACACAGCUGCCAAUACCUCAACCUCUGAUUAUGGUACCCGGAACCGAUCAAUUCCGCUAUCCAGCCUCAGACGACCGAUUACUUCAACUACAGGCAGGUGAAACACUUGAACUCGCUUGUGGGAAUGGAUUCAAUAUCAAUCCAAACAAAAAUUCUAUUAUCGUUUCAUGUGUUUCGGACACUACCUUUAAUUUCGAUAGCACUAUGUACGAAUUUAGAGAGUUUUCGUGCACCCGGAAUGUCGCUAGUACGGCACGAAGAACAAACCAAGCGUGCGAAGGAAGUGCCGUAAUUAUUGAGAUCGGAUUCGAGGUAGAUACUCGAUUUCCGAAGAUUCUGGAUGUUUGUCACAACGAGGCAACAUUCGAGAACCAUUGGGUCAAGCACGAGUUCCAUCGAAGUCACAACGGAUUCCAAACGGGAGUACCGCGACCAUCCUGGAUACAGGGAAGUUUCUACCCUGGAAUACCCGUCAACACGCUGUACACCAUCAAUCGCCAACGCGAAACUAUAGCCACGAUUUUGAAUUCACAAUCAUUUGCUGACCAGUUGGUUCAGGAUGUCAGUACCGGAGUCUAUAUGGCUCGCGGUCACAUCGCUUCUCGUACUGACUAUAUCUACGGAACGCAGCAGAAUGCGACCUUCUGGUUUUUGAAUGCUGCUCCGCAGUGGCAAAACUUCAACGAUGGAAACUGGCUCCGGAUCGAAAACAGUGCUCGUAGCUUUGUAGCAAGUCGAAACAUCCGAGUCACGGUUUACGGUGGUACGUACGGAGUUCACACUCAAACUGAUCCGAACGGUGAUCAGCAGCCCAUUUUUCUGAACUUCGAUUCGGAUGGAACACGGCGGCUACCAUCACCUCUUCUGUUCUACAAAAUCUUGCAUGACGAAACCAACAAAGCGGGAAUAGUGCUAGUCGGAGUUAAUGAUAUUCAUCUGGAGUCGGUGCAGCAUGUCGAGGAUAAUUAUGUCCUGUGCGAAGACAUCGGCGACAAGAUCAACUGGAUCAACUGGGAUCGGAAAAAUCUGGCCUUGGGAUACUCGUACGCAUGUGAGGUCAAUGCGUUCCUCAAGCAAAUCGGACAUCUAGCGGAACUAGAUAUUCCUAAUUUGUUGAUUUAAAGUUAAAUUUAAAAAUAACUGAUAAUUUUAAGAGAAUACUACGAGAGAA